CAAGCCUUGGAGUGUUGGACUACGCCAGUGAGAAUGCUCGUCUAGUCGAGAAACUGCCAUUCAACCUUGAGACAAAGUGGCGGGACAAGAUUGACUAUUGGAGACAGAUUCGUGGUCAGGAUUCCUUCCCCCCAUUCAGCGAGUUUGUCAAACUUGUGAAGAUUGCAGCAGACAGGGCAAACAUUCCUGAGUUGCAGAGCGUGGUUCGAAGUCAGGACAAACAACGUUCAAAUGCAGGAAGUGCUCCGAAAAAGAACACCAGUGUUUUUGCGACUAGUACCAGUCGAGGUGAACCAACAAGCAGAGUGCAGUUGUCCAGUGACAAGAGUUGUCUCUUCUGCAAUAAGCGUCAUCUCCUGGACGACUGUGAGCGCUUUCUGCGCAAGCCUUUCGCUGAGCGAAAGGAUUUCUUCUUCAAGAAGAGACUGUGCAUGGGCUGUGCACGUUCCAGUGAUCAUCAAGUGAGAGAGUGUAACGACAAAAAAGUUUGUCGGAUCUGCGCUGGUGCCCAUUUGACCUGUCUCCAUCGCAACUUCCAACAGAGACGGCCAGAAGAAACUGCUUCAAGUAACCCCCAGCCAGCAACGGCAAGUAAACAACCAGCUGACAAAGUCCCAACCAAUUCAUCCCCACCCAAAGAAGUCAUUGCUGUGCACCCCAAACGAGAUGAGGGAAUGUCCAACUGUAUCCAAGUGUGUUCCCAACCAGACCAAGAAGGAGAAGGUGACCACUCCAUGAUUAUACCAGUGUUGGUUCGUAGUGAGAGUGAUCCAGCGAGGGAGUUCCUCGAAUAUGCCAUCUUGGACGAACAAUCCAACAGUUGCUUCGUGUCAAAGAGUUUGUGUGAAAGGAUGAACCUGCAGGGACCAGAGACGCAGUUACUACUCAGUACAAUGCAAGAGCAAAAUGUGCAAAUCACCAGCAGUCGCAUAUCCGGGCUUGAAGUGCUUGAUGUCAAUAGAGAGCACACUGUUAAACUUCCAGUCUGCUUCAAGCGGGACAGCGUUCCAGCCAAUAAAUCCCAGAUACCGAAACCUGCGGUUGUGCAUCAAUGGCCCCACCUAAAGUCUCUUGGAGAGAAGCUCAUGCCCUAUGACCCAACCCUGCAAAUAUCUCUUCUCAUCGGGAGCAAUUGUCCCAGAGUAGUUCGACCCAGGGAAAUCAUCGCCGGUGGAGAGGAUGACCCUUACGGCCAGAGGUCACUACUAGGCUGGGGAGUAAUUGGGAACGUUUGCAAGGCUGCACGACAAACCGAUGACCAACCUGCAGUAUGCAACAAAGUGGUUGCUGCUGAACCACAAAGCUACCAACACUUCGUCUAUGGUACGAGGGUGAAAGAAGUCUUAAACCCAGAGAAAGUUCUCAAGGUGUUGGAAUCCGACUUUGUCGAGAAUCAUCAGGGGAAGCCAUACUCAGUAGAAGACGAGAAGUUCCUGAGCGUGAUGGAAAAAGGAAUAAAGAAAGCAUCCGAUGGCCACUACGAAAUGCCACUACCACUGAAGUCUGACGCUGCGACCCUGCCUAACAACCGCCAACUUGCAGUCAAGAGAUGGAAUCAGCUGUCCGCCAGAUUCCGAAAGAAUGUGAAGUUUCGUGAAGACUACAGAGAGUUCAUGAAAGAUGUUAUCCCAAAGUGUGCAGAGAGAGUCCCCCUAGACCAACUGGAAGUUGAUGAGGGAAAGGUAAACUAUGUGCCGCACACCGGAGUCUAUCACCCCAAAAAGCCGGACAAGAUAAGAGUGGUGUUCGACUGUUCAGCCAAAUAUGGAGGCGUUUCACUCAACGACCAUCUCCUUCAAGGUCCUGACUUGACUAAUGGUCUUCUCGGUGUUCUGUGUAGAUUCAGGAAAGAGGAAGUGGCCUUUAUGGUUGACGUGAAGAGCAUGUUCCAUCAGUUCUAUGUAGAAGAGAAGUACCGUGACCUGCUGCGAUUCCUAUGGUGGGAAAAUGGUGAUCCAGAGAAGCCAGUGGUCGAAUACAGAAUGAAAGUUCACGUGUUUGGGGCCGCUAGCUCACCAGGCUGUGCCAACUUCGGGCUGAAGAGAGCAGCAGAUGACGGAGAGGAUGAGUUUGGAGCAGAGGCAGCAAACUUCAUUCGUAAUGAUUUCUACGUAGACGAUGGACUGAAGUCACUACCCACAGUGGAAAGAGCAUCAUUACUGAUCAAAGCCAGUCAGAAUCUGUGUGGAAAAGCUGGGUUGAAACUGCACAAAAUCAUCUCCAACAAAAGAGAGCUGUUGGAAAAAUUCCCAGCAGAAGAGCGAGCCAGUGGUACAAGGGAACUAGAUCUGAAGGUUGAUGUACUACCAAUGGAAAGAGCCCUGGGCGUCACUUGGUGUGUCGAGAGUGACACCUUUCAGUUCCAUAUUGAGUUGAAAGAUAGACCAUUCACAAGACGAGGCAUACUUUCAACUGUAAGUUCGAUCUAUGAUCCAAAUGGCUAUGUGGCUCCAGUAACCCUCAGAGGGAAGAGAAUUUUGCAGCAGAUGUGUCGCGACAAGCUUGAUUGGGACAGUCCAGUGCCAGAGAUGCUACAACCUGAGUGGGAGAAAUGGCGUUCAGAGGUUCUCGGCUUAGAGAAGAUCCAAAUCCAGCGAUGUUUUAAGCCCAAGGAUUUUGGAACUGUGACAGCAGUUGAAUUGCAUCAUUUUUCCGAUGCAAGCCAAGAUGGUUAUGGUCAGUGUUCCUACCUGCGACUAGUCGAUGCGAACAAUAAGGCACAUUGUUCCUUUGUAGUCGGUAAGUCCAGAGUGGCCCCUCUGAAGCUCGUCACCAUCCCCCGGCUAGAACUUGCAGCAGCAACUGUCUCAGCAACUGUGAGUGAAUUCCUGCGACGAGAGCUAUGUUACGAGAUGCUCCACGAAUAUUACUGGACAGACAGCAAGAUUGUUUUGGGAUACAUAAACAAUGAAGCAAGACGAUUCCAUGUCUAUGUUGCUAACAGAGUGCAGCAAAUCAGAAGUCUGACUAACCCAGAGAGAUGGAUGUACGUAGACACCAAAGAAAAUCCUGCUGACGAAGCAUCACGUGGUCUGACAGCAAAGGAACUUAUAGAGAAGUCCUGCUGGUUAUCCGGUCCAGAUUUCUUGCAGAAGGAUGGCCCCUUUCAACCCCAGCCAGCCGUAGUUGCACCACUGAGUGAAUCAGACCCAGAUGUGAAAAAAGUCUCAGCUUUCGUGACAACAGCUGAGAACAACGCACGACAUCAUCACUUCGAAGUGAGCCGACUUGAUUGCUUUUCAUCCUGGAAUAGAGCUUGCAGGGCAGUCGCUCUUUGUCUGAGGUUGAAGACAAAGUUGAGGAACAGAGUAGUGAAGAAACCUUGUGAAGGGAAAGUUUGUUCCACUCCUGCGAAGCAAGCAAUCACUGUGGCAGAACUACAGAAUGGAGAGAUGGAAAUCAUCAAAAAUGUUCAGCAUGAACAUUUCAGUGUCGAGUUACAGGCCCUACAAGAACUUGGUGUAAUCGGGCAAGUCACCGAUGGAAAGACUGCAAGGGUGAGAAAUGACUACCUGAAGAAGACGAGUUGUCUGUACCGGCUAGAUCCCUUUCUAGAUGUCGAUGGCAUCAUCCGAGUGGGUGGCCGUAUUGCCAGAUCUGAUCUUCCAAUUGAAGCUAAGCAUCCAGCCGUUCUCCCUCACAAAGGUCAUGUCACCCAGUUGUUGAUUCGCCAUAUUCAUGAGAAGGUGAAUCACAUGGGCAGAGGAAUGACACACAACGAGCUACGUCAGAGAGGGUACUGGGUAAUUGGUGGUUCAUCAGCUGUGUCCAACUACAUCUCAAGAUGUGUGACCUGCCGCAAACUGCGUGGAUCGCUGCAGCGACAGAAGAUGUCUGACCUACCCGUAGAUCGACUAGAGCCAGCGCCCCCAUUUUCCUAUUGCGCUGUGGACUACUUCGGUCCAUUUUUGGUGAAAGAGCGUAGGAGUCAAGUGAAACGUUAUGGUGUCCUGUUCACAUGUAUGGCGUCUAGAGGUGUUCAUCUAGAGACAGCAAAUUCCUUAACGGCAAGUUCUUUCAUCAAUGCCCUUACAAGAUUCCAGAGCAGGAGAGGACCUGUACGUCAACUGCGUUCAGACCAAGGUACAACAUUCAUCGGUGCUCGGAGUGAGCUGAGAGAAGCGCUAGCUGAGAUGGAGCAGGACAGAGUCCACCAGUACCUGUUAGAGAGCAACUGUGACUGGAUUCCCUUCAAGCUGAACACACCGCAUGCCAGUCACAUGGGAGGCGUGUGGGAGAGACAGAUAGGUACAGUACGCCGUGCACUAGAGGGUCUUCUUCUUAAAACCACGACACAACUGGAUGAUGAAUGUUUCAGGACCUUCAUGACUGAGGUAGAAGGCAUCAUCAAUUCACGACCUCUCACGACAGACUAUCUCUGCUCAUCAGACGCACCAGAGCCAUUGACACCCAAUCAUCUGUUCACCAUGAAACCCAAGGUGGUUCUGCCUCCGCCUGGAAAGUUCCAGAAGGAAGAUGUCUAUGCCCGCAAAUGGUGGAGACGUGUCCAGUACUUGACCAAUGAGUUUUGGGUGAGAUGGAGAAAGGAGUUUCUGCACCAUCUUCAAGAGCGCAAAAAGUGGGUCAAUCCAGUAAGAGAUCUACAAGUAGGUGAUGUCGUGAUCUCCAAGGAAGGUGAGCAGACCAGGAACCAGUGGCCACUGGGACGCGUAGUGGAGACCUACCCGAGCAAUGACGGAAGAGUCAGGUCAGUGAAGCUCUUGAUGGCCGAUGGCACACGAGACAACCUUGGCAGACGGCAACACUCUCCAUCACUCCUUGACAGACCAGUACACAAGCUUGUCCUGUUGGUACCCGCAGAGAAGCCUGAAGCUCAAGAGACCAGAGAAGUCCCCGCCGAAGAGCCAAACUGAAGAUCCUGCCAGAAGAGACCCACUGCUGACGACAAUCUAUUUAGUUUAUGAACUUUACAUUUUAACUGUUCUUGUUACUCAUUAGUAGGUAGAUACCAAUUUAACGAGCCAACACUAGUCUGCAUCUGAGGAGCAGUGCGUACGAGACAAGAUGACCACCAAGAUGAAGGAACAUUUUCAUGGACAUUAAUCUUUGAAGUUCAGGUUUGAUUAGUUUGUUAAAUGCGAGAUGCAGUUAGAGGAGCCAUGUCACUGCAGCAGCUGUGCAGUGAGUUUGUCUUAAGUUUAUUAAUUUUCUUAACAAGUUUUUCAUAGUUUAAAUUUAGAAUUCCAUUUUUAGAGUAUUACUUCAUAUUUAGUGAAAGAGCCUACAGUUAACUUUCACCUCAUAAAAGUGAAAGAGCCUACUUAUGUGCUACAUUAAGUAGCCUCCUUCCCACCACCAGAGUGACCUUGUGCACUUCCUGUGUGCAUACAGAGACCUUGUGUGGGUACAAGUACCACAUAAUCUUGCCACAUAAACAAUAGGCAGCCAUAUUUACUGACCAUGUGAUUUCAGAGACAAGUGUUUUCAUACUCAUUGCGAUUUAGUUCUUCAAGUUUCAUCAGUUUAUUCACCCUUUGUGGACCUUGAAAGACCCCAUUUUGAUUGUUAUCUCAAUCUCAAUCUACUCAAUCUACUAUCAGCAAUCACCACCAUGUUGUCAAGUGGCUUCAUUGUGUUUUGUGUGUGGUUCCUGGAUUGAUUGUGAAUACCAGUCACUUGGGAGUCCUUUUCUCAUAAGUUUGAGAACUAUAGUCCGAAACUCCUCUGGGCACAAGUGAGCCCCGAGGCAGCCACA